GGAACUACAGUACCCAGACCGCACCAGUCCAGCCUACAGUGCAUUCUGCUGCUUAUCCGGGGAUGUCACACCGCUGCUAUUUUCUCCCCUCAGUCCCUCUCACUCUCAACCUACAGCUCAAGCGGACUGACACGGGGCUUUGGAUAGAAAGAAACGAACAAUAAGGCACGAAACAGGGGCCAACAUGGCAGAGCUCGGAGCGGGAAGCCUGCCGUUGGGAGAUCCUGCUUUUAAUUACCAGGAACACGAGCUGAACGAGCGACUGAAGCGGCUCUACCCAGCUGUGAACGAGGAGGAGACCCCUUUACCCCGAUCCUGGAGCCCCAAGGAUAAAUACAGCUACAUUGGGCUGUCACAGAACAACCUGCGGGUCCAUUACAAAGGCCAUGGUAAGAACCACAAGGACGCAGCCUCGGUGCGAGCCACACACCCAAUCCCUGCCGCCUGCGGGAUCUACUACUUCGAGGUCAAGAUUGUCAGCAAAGGCCGAGAUGGGUACAUGGGCAUCGGCCUGUCCGCCCAGGGAGUCAACAUGAACAGACUGCCUGGAUGGGACAAGCACUCGUACGGCUACCACGGAGACGACGGACACUCCUUCUGCUCCUCCGGGACCGGCCAGCCGUACGGCCCGACGUUCACGACGGGUGACGUGAUCGGCUGCUGCGUGAACCUCAUCAACAACACUUGCUUCUACACCAAAAACGGCAUCAGUUUAGGUGUGGCCUUCACAGACCUCCCUCCCAACCUGUACCCCACGGUGGGGCUGCAAACUCCGGGAGAGAUCGUAGACGCCAACUUUGGCCAGCAGCCAUUUGUCUUCGACAUCGAGGACUACAUGAGCGAAUGGCGGGCAAAGAUCCACGGCAUGAUCGCCCGCUUCCCCAUAGGAGAGAGGCUGGGGGAGUGGCAGGCUGUCCUGCAGAAUAUGGUGUCUAGCUACCUGGUGCAUCACGGUUACUGUGCCACCGCAACAGCCUUCGCCAGAGCCACCGAGACCCUGAUACAAGAGGACCAGACAUCUAUAAAGAACAGACAGAGAAUACAGAAGCUGGUGCUGGCGGGACGGGUGGGCGAAGCCAUAGAGGCUACUCAGCAGCUUUACCCCAGCCUGUUAGAACACAACCCCAACCUACUAUUCAUGUUGAAGUGUCGCCAGUUCGUGGAGAUGGUGAACGGCACAGACAGCGAGGUCCGCUGCCUGACCAUCCGCUCCCCGAAGUCCCAGGACAGUUACCCAGGGUCGCCCAGCCUCAGCCCCCGCCACGGAGCCAGCAACACACACCUGCACGCCGGAGGAGCCGACAGCCCGACCUGCAGUAACGGAGUGACCCCCCCCGACAAGUCAAAGAGCCACAGCGGCACCGGCGCCGGUGGCAUCAAAUACCCCAGCGUGUCCUCCUCCGCCUCCUCAUCCACCUCCUCCUCCCCGUCCUCCGUCAACUACUCCGAGUCUAACUCCUCCGACUCCACCAAGAGCCAGCCGCACAGCACCCAGGAAACCAGUGACAGUGAGAUGGAGAUCGAAGCAGAGCACUAUACCAACGGGGUCGUCGAGGGCUCCUCGGCGCGGAUCAUGAAUGGCACAUACAAACACGAAGAGAUCCUUCAGCCUGAUGACAACAGCAUUGGCAAUGGGGUCACAGCAGAUGAUGGUUGUAGUAAUGGCAGACAGCUGUGUGGAGGGAACCAGGCAGCCACAGAGAGGAUGAUCCAGUUCGGACGGGAGCUGCAGGUGCUCAAUGAACAGCUGUGCCGCGAGUACGGCAAGAAUGCCACGCACAAGAAGAUGUUACAGGAUGCAUUCAGCCUGCUGGCGUACUCGGACCCGUGGAACUGCCCCGUGGGCCAGCAGUUAGACCCCACCCAGAGAGAAUCCCUCUGCUCUGCACUCAACAGCGCCAUACUGGAGUCCCAAAAUCUGCCCAAGCAGCCUCCGCUGAUGUUGGCGCUCGGCCAGGCCACCGAGUGUGUUCAGCUAAUGGCCCGGGUCCGGUCCGGCUCAUGCUCCUUCGCCAGAGUCGACAACUUUUUGCACUAGCCCAGGUCCAGGUUAAUGUUAAGUAACACGGCGAGAAGGCAUGUCCAGCAGGUAGUUGUCAUGGCGACGGAGGAAAGAGCAUGCGUGUGAUUGGUGUGUUUGGCUGUCCGUCAGACCGAGAGCCAGCGGCACAGACAGAGGAGCAGAGGAGAGCGGCAGAGAAGAAAGCUUCCUUUUUAAUUUAGUAUUAUUAAAUAAAGACAUGUGUGACACUA